UCUUUUCUGUGACAGAGUUCACGAGAAUUUGUUCAGAAAUCCAAACGUGUACCUGUGGAAUCCAGUUGUCACAGCUAAAGAAUUUGGUUUACUUAGUUCUGGGUAUGCAGAAAAUAUAGCCGUUAUGGGCUCAACUGGAGAGUUCUGAACAAAAUUCAAAUAAUUGCGACCAAUUUAGAGUGGUUUUCUGUCAGAGUUGGGUUAUGUGCAGUACUUUAACCAAGAAUGCAGUGUACCCAAUAUACCUUUAAAGAUUCUUGUGCGUUUUAAUAAUUCUAGGUGAGCUUCCCCUGUAUUAGUUCAGCUAUGGUUUUAUGACAAAUAUACCUGUGUUUGAUUCUUCUUCUUCACUGUAAAAGUGGAGGGAUAGCUCAGUCCAGCAGAAGAAGAAAUGGGUUUCUUUGAGGUUUAUGUCAUGGUCUGCUUCUGUCUAGUGAUUCUGCAUGGGGAUGCAACUGCAGCUGGAAAAGAAUGGAGUUCUAUUGGUAUCAACUAUGGCCGAAUCGGGAAGAACCUUCCAUCUCCUGCCGAAUCCAUCUUACUUAUGAAAUCUUUGAAAAUAGGCAAAGUAAAACUGUAUGACAGUGACUCAGAAGUACUCAAUGCCUUGGCCAACACUGGCCUCUCCGUAGUAAUAAGUGUGAAGAAUGAAGAGAUACCAAUUGUUGCCUCUAGUGUACUAAAUGCUGAUGAGUGGGUUAAACACAAUGUCUUAACACACUACCCUGCAACCAAAAUCAACACCAUAACUGUUGGGAAUGAAAUUCUUUCUGAUUACAACAAUCAGAAUAGAUGGCUUCAGUUGGUUCCUGCAAUGCAAAAUAUCUACAGCUCACUUGUCCGAUGGAACCUUGGUAAAAGGAUAAAGGUGACUACAACUGUGGCAAUGGAUGCUCUGAUGUUUUCAUCACCUCCUUCAUCAGGACAGUUUAGGGAUGACAUUGCAGAGACUGUGGUGAAACAUAUGCUAAAAUUUCUUUCCAAUUCAAAGUCCUUCUAUUUUGUUAAUGUUUACCCAUAUUUUGCAUAUUCAACCAAUGCUGAUAAAAUUCCUCUAAAUUAUACUCUGUUUGGAGAAGUCAAGACACCAGUGGAAGAUGGUGGAUUGGAGUACACUGACAUGUUAUCUGCUCAGUUGGAUGCUAAUGUAGCUGCUAUGGCAAAGUUGGGAUACCCCAAUGUCAAAAUUGCAAUUAGUGAAACAGGUUGGCCUACAGCAGGAGAUGCAGGUGCAAGUGUUGAUCUAGCAGCCACUUAUAAUAGAAGGUUAGUUGCCAGAAUGCUGGCAAAUCCACCUUUAGGCACUCCCAGAAGGCCCAGAGCAUUCGUACCCACUUAUCUCUUUGCCCUUUUUAACGAGGACAACAAGCCUGGUCCAGUCAUCGAAAGAAACUGGGGUUUGCUCUACCCAAAUGGGUCUGAAUUAUAUCAUAUAGAUAUGACUGGGAAACUUGACGAUUCAGAGUUCAAAUCCCUCAAGUCUGUUAGGCCUUUCCCUGCACAGCCUGUUGUUACCUUUCCUCGUCCUAUCCAUUCAUCUAUAAGUAGAACUUUUCCUAGGACCGGCCAAAGCCCGCCCCCAUAUUAUUCUGCUGCCCCUAUUUCCCAACCUUCUGCAGGUUACUAUCCACCUAAUGUACCAUCAAGUUCUCCAAUACCUUCUAUUCUUCCUUAUCCUCCUCCAUCUCCCAUGCCACUGUACUCUUCACCUCCACCUCCUCCUAUUGUAAACUUCCCACCACCCUGCAUGCCUUAUCCUCCAAGUAACCCAGCACCUAAUAUUCCUCCCCCCACCACACCAGUCAUAACACCACCAUCCCCACCUUCUAAUCCAAUUAGUCCAUACCCUCCAAAUCCACCAUCUACAUCUCCUGUAUAUAGCCUUUGGUGUGUAGCAAAACCCACCGUCCCAAAUUCAGUAUUGCAGAAAGCAAUGGACUACGCCUGUGGAGCUGGUGCUGAUUGUCAAUCUGUCCAGCCCAAUGGAAUGUGCUUCAUGCCCAACACGGUGGUUGCUCAUGCUUCUUAUGCUUUCAAUAGCUACUGGCAGAAAAACAAAAGAAUUGGUGGAACCUGUGAUUUUGGAGCAACUGCUAUGCUCAUUACUAUGGAUCCAAGUUAUGGAGAAUGUCGCUUUGGAUUAACAUGAAACAUUUAAAUGUUCUCCAGCAUUAUUUUCCAAUAAGAUUUAUAUAUCUCACGAGAGUCUUCAAAACAUAAUGCACAAAUCUGAAGGCUUAGGAAUUCUCCUAGUAAUUAGUAUUUUGGUUAAAGACCGACCUGUGGUCGCCUAUGUUUUUAACUAUGGGUUCAUGGCAGAAUAGUAGCAAAGUUUAGUUGCAGCUACGCAACAUGAAUGGCUAUUUUUUAGAUCCUUAUUAAGGCAUUGGUUUGUAGUUGAAAUCACUUCAAUGUGAUUUAUGUAUAUCCUAAUCUUGAACACGGAAUAUUUAACUAUAAUUUAGAGUUC